GUUUUCAGUAGGAAAGUGGUAAGCUCCUCACCGGUCCAUCGGCGAGACCUCUGAUUGGUGGCUUGCCUUGACAGCCAAGCCUGUGAUUGCAGGAAGUGAAUCCCCGCCCCCCUCACUCCAGCCUGGGGACCAUUCAUAAACUAAAUAACUCCAGCACUCCCAAAUGAGUCUGGUCAACAUAGCGGACGCAGAAUCGUGUUAGUCGACUUAACAGCGGUGGAAAUAAAGCAAGAAAAAGCGCACAGAUGAAAGGUUGUAGCGAGCCUUUUAAGCGCGGAUGCAGGCUAUUUUGUAAAUUGCACUCCUUCUCCUCUCCAAGUAGUUAAGCUGGACAGAGCUGCCUGCUCCGCCAAAUGCACUUGAAGUCCCUGCGCUGAUAGUCUAAGUUUCUCUCUCUCUUUUAUUUACAAAUUCCUCCUCCUCUUCUUUUUCUUCUUCCAAGUGCUCGCCUCUGGCUUAAACCGGUAAGCAUUGGAUCCGUCAGCGUAUUGCGAAACUCCGGUGUACAGUCCGGACCUUUGCCCCAACAUGAUAGCUGCUCAAGCUAAGCUAGUUUACCAGCUGAACAAAUAUUACAACGAGAGAUGCCAGACCAGGAAAGCAGCCAUCGCCAAAACCAUCCGAGAAGUGUGCAAGGUGGUCUCGGACGUCCUGAAGGAAGUUGAAGUCCAGGAGCCGCGUUUCAUCAGCUCGCUGAGCGAAAUCGACUCCCGCUACGAGGGGAUGGAGGUGAUUUCACCAAACGAAUUCGAGGUGGUGCUCUACUUGAAUCAGAUGGGUGUUUUCAACUUUGUGGACGACGGAUCCCUGCCGGGCUGCGCCGUGUUGAAACUGAGCGACGGCCGCAAGAGGAGCAUGUCCCUGUGGGUCGAGUUCAUCACUGCCUCGGGAUACCUCUCCGCGAGGAAAAUCCGAUCUCGCUUUCAGACUCUGGUGGCGCAAGCUGUGGACAAAUGCAGUUACAGAGAUGUUGUCAAGAUGGUCGCAGACACAAGUGAGGUAAAGCUGAGAAUCCGAGAGAGAUACGUUGUGCAGAUCACGCCUGCCUUCAAAUGCACGGGCAUCUGGCCUAGAAGCGCGGCUCAGUGGCCCAUGCCCCACAUCCCCUGGCCUGGACCCAACAGAGUGGCAGAAGUCAAAGCAGAGGGCUUCAAUCUGCUCUCGAAAGAGUGCUACUCCUUGACUGGCAAACAGAGCUCUGCCGAGAGCGACGCCUGGGUCUUGCAGUUUGCAGAAGCCGAAAACAGGCUCCUGAUGGCAGGCUGCAGAAAGAAAUGUCUGUCUAUCCUGAAGACGCUGCGCGAUCGGCACCUUGAGUUGCCAGGUCAACCCCUCAACAACUACCACAUGAAGACCCUGCUUCUGUACGAGUGUGAGAAGCACCCAAGGGAGACCGACUGGGACGAGUCGUGCCUCGGGGACCGGCUCAACGGCAUCCUCCUGCAGCUCAUCUCCUGUUUACAGUGUCGGCGGUGUCCGCACUACUUCUUACCUAACUUAGACCUUUUCCAGGGAAAGCCUCACUCGGCCCUGGAGGCUGCAGCCAAGCAGACUUGGAGACUGGCGAGAGAAAUCCUAACGAAUGCAAAAAGCUUGGACAAAUUAUAAAACAACGAGAACAAAAAAAAAAAAAAAAGACACAAAACAUUUAUAAAGACAUCUGCGAUCACUUCACUGCAAGUGAAAUGAAAUGAUCGACUUUACUCCGAGUAAUGUGAACAAA